AUGUUCCCUGUUCGGGAGGCACAAGAAGGUGCACAGCAACUAGCUGCCAACAGCAAGAGCAUGCUGACGGUGGAGGACCUCAUGCAAAAUCUUCGGCGCAAUCCGUCAAUGAGGCGCUUGAUCGUCGGGAUGAUAUGCGCAUGCGUUGCAGCGUGCAGCUUGACCCCCCUUGCCGCAGUACUCCCUGUCGCUUUGGGGCUUGAGGACUGGCAAGCAUCUCUGAGCCAGGAAAGCUUUGAGAACACGCUUCAGCUGCUUCAGACAGAGUACGGGGGCAGCAAGAACAUGUACUUCUUGUGCUUUCUGUUGAGCAAGAUGCCCUGGAGCUUGGGCUUUCCACCCACCUCGGACCUGCAAGCGGUCGCCUCUAAUUUCUUUGGUGGGUCUGUGCUACUGGGAUCCGUCUGUGCUAUCGUUUUCGACACAGCUGCAGCAUUGGUGUUUUUUUUUGCGGGCCGUUUGUUGUUCCGCAACCUGUGCACCCAAAGCCAACGCGGUGCUGCCAUGCGUGCCCUUGAUUCUGCUCGUAAGAUGGCUGAAGAGGACGGAUUUCGACUGGUCCUGCUGCUCGAGCUUGCCCUUGGCUCUAGAAUGGAUGGGGCCAUUUCGAUAGCUAUGGGAGCCCUCGGAGCGAGCCCCUUGCAAUUUCUGCUGGGCCACGCUUGUGGCACCCUGAAGCCGUCCUUGGAACUCGCAUCUUCAGGUGCAGCUUUGUCUGCACUUCCGAUAAGUGCUUUUCAGGUGGAGGUCCUGACGCUUCUGCAACUAUUGCUGGCUGUGGCGUCUGCCAUCGUAGUGACAUUUCUUGCUUUCGAGCUCUUGGAUCAGUUCCUGCGGCGCACGUCGGCACGCCAUUCGCCCACCUGGCCGUCUGUCGAGCCUGUGGACAUCUGGUGCACGCUGCCGACAGUAAACCUGGCGCAGUUGAAAGCCCCACCCAGCGAGCCGUGCCUGGUCUCUGGGUACAAUGUGCCGUUCUCCCUCCAGUCGCUCGAGGACCUGAUGGAUGACAGGUAUCCUUGUAGCGACCACCCUGCCCUUAUGAUGUAUUCGCCGACCGGGGUCUUCUCAUCCUAUCCCGUGGAUCGAGAAGUUGUGCAGCACGCCGAUGGCCUCCGCUUCGCAGACGGCUCACGGGAACGUCCGGCUCACGUGCAUCGAAUGGAGUGUUUUGGCCAGGCGGUUGAACACUUGUGCAGGCAAAGCCCAUGCGACAUUCAGUUUAGCACCACCGAGACCGAUCCGGUGAUGUACUUCCGGCAGGGCUUUCCGCCGCACCAGCGCGACGCAACCCUUCGGAGCAUGGGGCUGGAUCCAAACGUCUUUGCCGACUUUUCGACGUACUGCUCAGACCAGAACUCUGUGACCAACUUCCACUACGACCAGAGUCCUGGAUUUCUUCAAAUGUGCUCGGGACGCAAAAGGGUCCUAAUCGUCCAUCCGCGCUAUUCUGAGUACAUGAGCUCUACCGUGGACGAGAGGCGAUCUUGGAUUACGACAGAAACACAGGCCUACAACACGCCUCUUAGACUGCGCUAUCGCUGUUCAGGGCUCUUUGUCGGAGGAUCGGAAUCCAUGUUCAUGUUGCAAUGGUUCGGCGUGAAGCGUUGCGCGGAUCUGUCCUGGUGCCGAGCACCUUGCGGGUCUCGCACUCGAACGUCGCAGCCAUGUUGUUCCACUGAUUGUUGCUUGAACUGGGUCGGUUUGGGCAAGUUCUUCGACGAUCGCUCACGGGCGGCUGCCACCCUUCGCUUGACACGCGAGAAAUGCCAGCGCCUCCAGCGAGAAGCUGCGGAAAAGGCAGAUAUCUCGGCUCCACAGGAGAGCCUAAGAGCAGCUGUCCGCCACCUGGCGGCUGUGGAGAGGUGGCUCCAGCCAAAGCGCAGCACUUCCUCGAGCAAUUUGCGGCAGCAUGAGCCAGAGGAACUCGCCGCAGAGCUGGGUAUGACUUCACUUGCAGGAGGUGAAGAUUUGGAAGACUUCGUCGAGCACUUUGCAACUGCGGUGGGAACCGGUGAGUUGCUAAUUGUCUCAAUUCCCUGCCUGCUCCAGUCGAAGACGUUUCGGCAUCCUGGGACAUUCUAUAUUAGUUCGGAGCGGCUUUGUUUUCGUUCCUCCGUCUUGGGUAUGGAAGCUCGCUUAGUUAUUUCCUGGUCCAUGGUCGAAUGGGCCCGACUUAUCACUGGAGAGACAAACUCCAUGCAUCCUGUGCGGAUUCGACUCAAGCAAUCGGCCGAAGUUGAUGGCAACAUGGUGGAUAGCUUCGACCUGCGGAUCUUUGACGUUGGUGCGUUGGCGCAGAUGCAUAGCUGCGCCACGUACUUCGUUGGCACAGGUCUCUUCGACAUCGUUCCAUCGGACGAUCGUCGCGCGUCCAUCCUCUGCCCAACUCCUCUUGGCGGCAGCGGCAUCGGCGAGACCUUAUCGGCGGGGCCGCGUGCACGAGCACACACCAUAACCGCCGAGGCGAUGGUGGCAGAUCUAGAGCAGUUGAGCCUUGUCUGGGAGCUGCAAAGGCGAACAACAAUUUGGCACAGCGACUGGAGAGCACCUUUCCUUCCUCAUGACUACCAGAAGGCCAUCAAAUGGAUGGCUAUCCAAGAGCAUUACUUGCCCCAUCCCUUCAUUCCUGAAAGCAUUGACGUGGACGAGGCAGCUGAGAGUGAGGAGCCUCCAAUCGAAGAGGUUCAGUUCCUGGGUCGGAAGCGGGCAUGCAAGUGGGAUGUUGUGGUGGACGAAACGUCGGAUUCAGAAGGAUGGCAAUACGCAGUUGACUUUUACCUGGAGCCGAACCGAUGGAGCAAUAGUCUCCGUGGCUUUUCCCAUGUUCGCCGCAGGAGGUGGCAGCCGACGUUCCUUGCCGAGCUGCCUCAGAUAGAAGAAAGUGCUCGAAGUACUGGAAGGUCCGUCUCCUUUGACAGGCACAGGUUAAACUCCACUUUGAUGGCUGAGAAGGGAGUUUCACCACCGCAGCAAAUCCUGCUUGAAGACCUGGGUAAGAUUCCGCUCGAGUCAAUCCGGCUUGAUUUGGAAAGCAACGACUGGGAAGGGGAGCACAACUUGAUGUCGAUGCAUUUUCAGGACCUUCACAUGCACAGCAUCGAGCUUGGGCCAUGGGUCAGUGGCACCUCGUCAGGUUCCAAAGUCGCAGGGAAGCUCCGCUCCAUGUCCAUGCGAGUUCCUGUUCCUCCAGCACCAAUGUGUCCGAAAGAGUCUCGCUGCGCGUGCACAUGGCAUGUGGUGAGCGAGGAUGAUAGGUGCCUGCUGGAAAGUGUGAUCAUGACCCUGGACGUACCCUAUGGCACGUGCUUCAACGUCAUCAAGUGUGAUACGUUUACCACGGACAGCGAAUCCGGCAACACAAUUCUUGAGCGCAAGCUUUCGCUGGAGUGGGUCAAGGGAUGCUGGAUAAAGUCACUUGUGGAAGCCAGUGUCCCUAAAGAGAUCCAGGCAGAUGGCGUGCAAUGGGCAGCGCUCAUCAAGAAGUGGGCCCAGCAGAAGCCUGCGCCUGCCACCUCCGAGCAAAGUGCAAAGAAGAAGAGGAUCGAACAUGGCACCUGCUGGAAGAAGCUCAGAAAGAGGACCAGCCCAUGGUGUCAGUCAUACGUGCUGAACUUGUUCGUGGGCACCGCCCCGUCGUUGUCUCCGAGGCAAGGCCGACAGUUUGAAGACAAGGGAACGUGUCCUGAGCUCGGAUCUUCGACGAUGCCAGGUCCCUACGUGAGCUAUCGGUGGCUUCGCGGCCCAGUUGUGAGGCCAUGCUUCUACCACCCUCACAAGCAGUCCCUCAUCCGAGAUGUCGCAAAGACUCGUUUGUGUUACUGCUCCAAGGAGUGCUUCCUCAAAGGAUGGAGCAGCAUCCCACCUGAAAAGUACGGCGACGCUGAUGAGGAUGCGAAGCAGGAGCCGCUUGCAGAGUGGGUAGAGGUGGCGAAAACGCGUUCCUACUGUCCUCAGAAGGAGGACAUCGACCGGCCUUUGCGCCUGGAGAUCACUCCGCUGGUCAAGGAUGGACGCGUUGCGGAAGCCAGCAAGAUGGUGAUCACAACGGGGACUGUCAUUCCGACACCAAAGGAGGUGCGAGUUCGGCGAAUGGUCACCAACGGAAAGCACCUGAACGCAGAGUGGCUGAACAAGCAGUUCAAGGUCAUGAACUGGAAUGUCCUGGCAGACCUGUACGCCACAGAGUCGGUGUAUCCCUAUUGCGAAAAGUGGGCGCUGUCCUGGACCUGGAGAAAGCACCUCAUCAUGAAGGAACUGAAAGAAAGCGCGGCUGACAUCAUCACUCUCCAGGAGGUGCAGAAGGACGCCUUCGAUGACUGGUUCAGGCCAGGGCUGCAAGAAGCUGGCUACGAAGGUGUGUUUCAGCAGAAGAAGCGGGACCCGAUAUUCCAUCGAGGGAAGUACACAGCUGAAGGCUGCGCAACAUUCUACAAGCCAACGCGCUUCCGCCGUCUCGACAAGCAGGUGAUUGACUAUGACCGGAUGUCCCAGCAGGAGCUGCAAAGACACUUUGGCCGGGAAGAUGCUUCCAACAUGCAAAGGCUGUCCAAAGGAAAUAUCGCUCUCGCACUACUGCUGGAAGAUCAGCACAUUAAGGCUGAUCCAAGCAGCGGCCAGGCCGGACCCAACGGCGGUCACAGCCUGGUAGUGGUGAACACCCACAUUUUGUGCGAUCCAAGCGCUUCAGAUGUGAAGCUGUGGCAGACCCACUUGCUGCUCCAGAACCUGAAGCAGACACGAUGGGAUCACAUGCCACUCCUCCUGGCUGGAGACUUCAACUCCACUCCUGACUCAGCAGUUUAUGAGUACCUGCGGCAUGGCGGGGUGUCUCCCGACCAUGAGGAUCUGAAGCAUGAUCCUUGCGGGCUCCUGGGUCGGUUGAGGGAUCACAUGCUGCACAAUCUGCAGCUGGCCACGGCGUAUCAGACCUGCAACGGCCAGGAAGCUACCUUUACCAACUACACCGAGGAUUUCAAGGGCGCGCUCGACUACGUGUGGUUUUCGCACCAGGCACUGUCGGUGCUGGCGGUCACGCAGGUGGACGAUGAGCAGAGUUUGAGAGAGGAGACGGCCCUUCCUUCCAGCAAUCGCCCUUCAGAUCAUGUGUCCCUGGUUGCGACGUUCAUGUUCCAUGACACAGUCCCCCACCAGCACGAACGCAAGGUGCGGCAGCAUGCCAUGAAUGAGGUUCACCACGCGUACCACAUGGGCCUUGGGCAAGGUGGUUGGGGUGACUAUGGCAUGACGGGCGGCUGCUAG